CGCGUUGAGACCCGCAUCACGUCGCAGUGCAGUGACGACAUGGUCGUGCCUUACCUCGGAGCUGCAGCGAUGCGCCACCAACAGAUGCAGCAGCCCCCGGAGACAGCUGUCGCAGCUGCCCAGACAGCCCCUCCGAGUCCCAGCAGUCAGCAGGUGCAGUUCAUCAGGUUGCUGCAGCAGGCAGAGCGGCGCCACCGGGAAACUCUGCAGCGCGCCGUGAACGCCGAGAACCAGGUCCAUCAACUGCGCCAAGUGUUCCAGCAGUGGCAGCUCCAGCUGCACGACCAGCUCCUGCAGAGGCACAAUCAGGUUCAGAGCCAGCUGCACAGUGUCAAAGCCGAUGCGCAACAGCAGUCCCACCAGGUGCAGAACCAGCUGCAACUCAUACAACAGCAGCAUGUGCACCAGCAAGUGCAGCUGCAGCGCCAGGUGCAGAAGCAGAUGCAGGCCUUGCACGAGGCCAUGGGUCGUCAGCAGAGGGCGCAGGAGCAAGAGAACCAGCGCGUCCGCGAGCAGCUGAAGGACAUGUAUACCUUCCAGCAGCUGCAGUCGUUCUCCCACGAGCAGCACCUGGGCCAGCUGCAGGGCCAGAUGUUCAACCUGGAGCGCGGCCACCGCGCCGAGCGGCGCAACAGGCAGAUCUUGCAGCGGCAGAUGCAACAGACGCGCAGGUGGCAGGAGCAGGCGCCACCGCCCGCCUCGCAGCCAGCUGCACCCGCCCACCCCUGCCCCGAUGACGACUGCUGCCCCUGCGAGUUCCCAGAGCACUGCCCUUUUAAUCCUUGUUUCCCUGAGGACUGCAACGGGGAAGUGCCUGAAGGACCAGAUGUAGGAGAAUGUCUUCUCAGAAAUAUACGGUUGGGCCUUGUUGAUUCCACGUGCUCUCAGUGCAACUCGGGGUGUUUGGGUUCGUCACCUAAGGAGCAGAGGAGACAGAAGCGACCUGAAGAGAGUGAGGAUGGUUACUUGGCUGAUGAUGAAGCAAGCUUCUACUCUGUUGUUUCUUCAGGACAAAGCAGCUCUUUUAAGGAAGAGCGAAGACAAAUUCUGCAGGAAGUCAGAAAUCUAGAGAACACUCGCAUGGCUCCCCGAUACAAGCAAGUUUGGAAGCCUCUACGUUGUUUCCGGUGUGGAGAGUUAGGCCAUCUUGCAACAUUUUGUGAAAACAUGCCUACCACUGUCCUAUAAUAAUUUUUAUUGUAAAAUACUAAUUUUAAUUGUUAGACUUUUGUUAGAUAUUUGAUAAUUUACGCUUCAACAUCAUUCCUUUGCAAAGGCCCUGAAUCUUGUUUGAAAUUGUUUGAUCUUGUUAUAUUUCUCUGACAUGUAAUUUUUUAAGUACGGUGAAUUAUUUUUAAUUUGGUCUUUACCCACUAUAAGUUUGGGUAGUUUGAAUGUUGAAUAAAAAGCCAUCAUUGGUUUCAAUUGUUUGAGUAAAAAUUUUGUUUUUUAAAUAAAAUCUUGACGCGAAAUGUUGGUCUUAAUCAAUGCCCUACAUCACAAAUAAGAAAUUGACACCAAACUAGAUUUAGCCAAAAGUAGGAGUCUUGUAUGAUUGGCUGAGAUCGAACAGUACUAAAAAGUACUGUACUAUAUACAUAUUAUUGGAAAAUAAUUUCAGCUUGGAUUUCUUAAAAAUGUAAAACUUAGAAAGAGCUGUUUAGUGGUGGUAGUUCCUCUUCUAUUAUUUAAGUUAAAGACUAUCAAUUCCUUGCCAAAUUUAAAACUUUUCCUAUUGUUCAACA